CCGUCAUGGGUGGCGAGCCACCAACACCAUCGCACGUCUCAAUCCGCACCCGGCUGCCGACCAUACCGCCUUUCCUUUUUCCCCUACCGCAAUGCAGCUAUGUGUCGUUUCCGCUUUAUUUUUUAUGGCCGAGCGCUGCAGCGGUGAGACAUAGCGCUCUCCCUCUAAUGUUGACUUGAGAUAUUGCCGUCUCUAUCGCGCGCCGCGCGGGGUGAGGGGCCCGCGGCUCGUCGCCGGCUGGUGGGGUCCGGUCUCUCAGAGUUGACUCGACCGCCGCCGCUAACGCACGCGUUUCUGUUUUGUGUUCCGCGUACCGGAGGCAUAGAGUAGUUAUUGCUAGAAGCGUUUCGUGACCGCACUGUGAAGUUUACAAGUGAUCGUAAAAGUUAUCUCCCAAAUGGUGGUGCUUGAAGACGGUGGAAUGAUGACUACUAACCCUAACCAAUAUCUACAACCUGAUUAUUUGACGCCUCUUCCUUCCUCUCAGUUGGAUUCGAAGAAAAGUCCCCUUGCGCUCUUAGCGCAAACUUGCAGCCAGAUCGGUGUAGACUCUACGCCAAGCAAACCUUUGCUGCCGCCGCUUGACAAGAAGAAAGUGAAUAGUGUUAACAGUGAUACAAUGAUGCGUUCUUCACCAACAAAUACCGCGAGCAAACCGGACAAGCCGCGCUCCACACCGGAACAUAACAAACAUUUGGCUUUCAAACCUUAUGAAACAAAUGUUGUCUCCAAAAAACCAGAAGAAAGGCCUUCGUCUAAAGCUAGUUCCGAUAGCUCAGAAGAUAAGAAAUCCGGCAAAAGCACGCCUGGCCGCAAAUCUACGCCGCCCUCAACUGAGACAGGAAAGAAUAGUCCUUCUCACGAACCUAAGUCUUCUCCUGCUGGCUCUUCCGGAACUAGCCCUAUUAUCCGCUCCGGAUUGGAAGUAUUAGGACACGGAAAGGACCACCUCGGUGCAUUUAAGAAUUUACCUGGAUUACCCGGAUUCAAUCCUCUUGCCGGACUCUGUUGCCCGCCGGGAAUGGAACAACACGCGAACCCCGCGUUUAGGCCACCUUACGCUGGUGCCCCCUUCAGUGCUCACCAUGCUGCGAUGUUGGCGGCAGCUGCUGCCUUCCCAGGAUCUUCACCAAACCCCUACCUCGGAUACGCACGUGUCAAGACCCCCGCUGGUGGUGAAACCCUUGUGCCAGUUUGCAAAGACCCCUACUGCACUGGAUGCCAAUUCUCAGUAAAUAACCACCAUCUACUUAUGAGCAAUGGAUCAUGCCCCGCUGGUUGCACACAAUGCGAACACCAAAAGUACAACCUUGCAAUGGCUAUGGCCCUUUCCCAGCAGGGGGCCGCUGGAGGCAUCCCGUACCCACAACUUAGCCGCCCUUACGUUUGCAAUUGGAUUGUGGGCGAAUCGUACUGCGGAAAGAGAUUUGGAAACUCUGAGGAGCUUCUCCAGCACCUGCGGAGUCACACUACUGACGGCUCGACCCCCGCGUCUGCGGCGUCCACUCAGGCCUCGCUGAUGAACCCUCUGAGCCCGCUGUUCACGACGGCGGGCUUGCGCAGCGCCUACCCGACGGCGCCGCUCAGCCCGCUGUCCGCCAGCCGCUACCACCCGUACUCCAAGGCUGGCCUGCCGGCGAGCCUGGGCGCCUCUCCCUACGGCGCCUUCAACCCUGCGCUGGGCCCGUUCUACUCGCCCUACGCGAUGUACGGCCAGCGGCUCGGAGCCGCCGCCGUGCACCAGUAAACCCAGUGAAGUGCAAACCUGGACUACUCGUCUAUGUUGUAUUGUCCAAUUUUCUUCUGUGAUAUCGAUAGACUAUUCAUGUUCUAAGGCGCGACCCGCCAUGACAAAUUUAGUGAUUAGUGCAAUUUAAGUAUAGUAAUUUAUAUUAAGUGGAGACGCCGUCGGCGCGCGGCGCUGCGACAAGUGAUGUUGAUUACGGACUGUACAGCCAAAUGUUUUGUGUAAAUAAUCUCUAUGUUUAAUAUUAAAUGAAUUAUUUCAAAUAUAAUAUCUACCUACCAAUCUAAA